GCAUCAGCAAACUAACUAACAAUCUUUUCUUUUCAAGUUCAGUAUCAGUGUUUGGUUUGUUUAUUCUAAGAUAAAAACCUACGUUUUUGAAGAGAAAGGAAUACAAAUUAUAUUUUAGUUUAGAUUAAUGUUUAAAAAACAGAAUGGCUGACAGACUAACGCAACUUCAAGACACUAUCAAUCAGCAAGCUGAAUACUUCUGUAACAGCAUUGGAAUUCUGCAGCAAUAUUCAACUCCAAGCAAGUUCUCCGGUUUUGAUCGAAGUGGAUCUCAAACCCCACAGCAGCAAGAAGAUUAUGCUCACUUGUUCGCCUCAUUGAUUGCAAAAACCGCCAAAGAUAUCGACACCCUCAUAGAGUCCCUACCAAACGAAGAGUCCUCUACUGAGUUACAGAUGGCGAGUUUGCGGAGGUUGGAGCAGGACAACCAAGAAGCUGCAGAGAGACUAGAAGAGGUUGUUCAUCGAGGGGAAACACUUCUCGGAAAGAUACAAGAGGCUCUUGCUGACAUUGCCCAGAGUCAACUAGAGAUGCAAAACACGUUCGGAGAGUCUUCUAAAGACACUAAUGUGUAAAUCUUAUUCUUUGCAAGGGGGGAGGGGUUUCAAAGAGUAUUAGUAUAGCUUGGCAGAGUUACACUUUCUGCCAUCCUGAAAAUAAAAUUUGCCAGAGGUAUUGUAACAUGUCUGCAACUAAAAGCAUAUUUCAUCAGGGACUAAAGUGACUUUUCGACACAAACUCGAGUGGGACAACCUUGGAUUUGCCUCAGUAAGCGAAUGAGUGUGAAUCAAAAAGACAUUUUGGCCUGUGUUAAGAUCUAGAUUUUUUUCUAUUGCACGAUUUUUUAAGCAAUAAAAAAAAACAACAAAUAUUUUGCUCAUUGUUUACAGUUAUAAAUCUCUUAAGAAGUUACGUUAUUAAAUGCAAACAGUUGUGUUGGCUAUUAC